AUAAUGAGUGGGAAUGGAUGAUGUAAGCACUUUCGGUCAUCUUCCUCCCCUUUUCUUUCCCCAGUAGAAUAGGUGUGGCACAUGUACACCUGACCAGUAACACAGCAACAGCCGCUCAGGUGACACAGAGCUCUCUCAGGUAGAGGAAACUAGACAGAAGGGACAGGUCGAGAGGGGGAGGUGGAGGUUUCCAGUGAGGGACACAGAAAGGGGAGGGGCAGUGGCAGAUGGAAAUAUCCUGUCAACAAACAAAGCACAACCGAACAGAGACACACCUGGAACCAAAAAAAAGAUACCAGAGGAUAGCAGAGGAACCGAAACUGUCAGCAGACUAACUUCUCUCCGCAAAGAAGUUUAACACUGUAAACAAGUCUGUGCUCAGAAAUGGAUGUAGGUGAAAGAGGCAGUACAUGUUAAGGGCCGAUAAGAGAGCAGAGAAGACUGAACAGACAGAGAAAAAGACUGAAGGCAAAACAAGCAACGCAGGGAUCAAGAAAGGCGCUUCUGAAAGGUCUGUGAGGAUUUUUCCAGCAGCUUAAAAGAUCUUCUCAUUAUGGCCUCAAUGGGGAUGCAGCUGCUGGCCAGCGCCUUGUCCCUUCUGGGCUGGGCAGGAGUCUUAAUCAGCUGUGUGCUGCCCAUGUGGAGGGUGUCCGCCUUUGUGGGCACCUCCAUUGUGACAGCCCAGAUUAUGUGGGAGGGUAUCUGGAUGAGCUGUGUGGUUCAAAGCACAGGACAUAUUCAGUGUAAACCCUACGAGUCCCAACUAAUUCUCACUGCAGACAUACAGGCCGCCAGGUUGCUAAUGGUCCUCGCCGUCGCUACAGGCAGUGUUGGCCUCAUUCUGGCCUUCGUGGGUGGAAAAUGCACCCGGUUCAUGGAUAAGGAAGGAGGUGGUGCAAAGGGAAAAGUGGCUCUAGCAGCAGGAGUGGUGCUGAUGCUCACGGGGCUGCUCAGUUUAAUCCCCACAGCAUGGGCAGCCGGGUCGGUGAUGAAGACAUUCUACAGCUCAUCGUCAGAUGCUCAGAAGAGGGAGCUCGGAGCCUGCCUCUACAUUGGCUGGGGUGGGGCCAUUCUGCUCAUUCUGGGAGGUGGUCUCUUCAUCAACUCAGCUUGCCCACUCAAAGUCAGCAACACGGAUAAGAGCCCUUCCGUUCGUUACGUAGCAGUCCGAUCCUCUAAUGGGUCUACCCGGGCAGGCUCCUAUUACGCCAGGGCACCAACAGCAAUGGCUCACCCCAUCAGAACCAUGUCUCCUGCACCCCAAAUUGAGAAGCCUCAGCUCUACACAAGGCCGGCAGAGAAUUCAGAGAAAUCCUGGGCUCCAUCGACAAAGUCUCAGAUGAAAAGACCUGAGUCCAGAAAGUCAGAACAAAGUGAGGCACUGUCAACAAAGUCUCAGCUGAAACGAGCUGAGCUGGAUGAAACUUUCUCAAUUGCCAGUGAGAAUACAGAUGCAGAAGGAAACCCAACAAAAACAUUCCUGUGAUCUGACCACUAAAAGAAGGGAACAUUUUGUACUCUAUUCUGGAUUUAGUUUGCUAUCACUUAGAUGAAGUAGUUUAAUAUUUCAUGUUAUUUCAUAGAACAGGAGUAGAUCAUAAAGUUUGAUUUAGAACUAUUCUUAUUGCAUUUAAUGUAAAGGACUUUUAUCAAGAUAAAGGACCCAAAAUGAAGUUUUAACAUUGCACAUGUGCUUGAACUGACUGUGGCAAGUAAAACAAGAGAAGGAUGUAUAAUUUGAGGUGAAUGAACUUGUUUAACUUGAAUUGUUGGUUUUAACUUGUCAUAUUAAUGUUGCAUACUAUGCUGCAUCAGCUGUCCUUUAGUGUUUAAAUGCACUGAAUGAAUAUGAAUGUAAUAUUUUACCUCAGGCUUUUAGCUUUAUUUUAUUUUACAGAUCCAUGCUUAAUAAAUUAUUAUUUUUAGUGCUUUUUUAAUCUCUCAUUACCACACGUAAAUGUGCUGUCAUAAAAUGCCUUACUUAUCACACAAUUUGUUUUUUCUUGUCAACAAAGGUUUCUGUAAAUAUUCAGCUUUUUUUUAAUUAAAACAUUUAAAUGUGAUUGUAUUUUUAUUUUAUUUAAACAGAUUACAGAGAAAAUAUAUCUUACUUUUUAAUAAAUUGACUAAAUCUGAAUAAACCUAUUUUAUCAUUAA